UUAGCUUACAUCCUUCCAUGGAACAAAAUGGAAAUACAUAUUCUAGUGAUAACAGACCUCGGAUAAUUUGUAAACCUCUUAAACCUUCGAUUAUGGAUAAAAUUCAAAAUAGAAUACAAAAAUUGAGUGAAAUGGAAGAAGAAGAGUUUACUGUAGAAAGCAAAAAACCAAUAUUAAUCGAUGAAAAACCACAAGUUUUAUCUAUUAAGCCAAAGAAAAAACCCCAAGCAAAACAUUCAUACAGUACUAGAGCAACAAAUAUUGAAAAUGAUCCUCAUGAUAAUAGAUCAUCUUCUAAUCCAGAAGAAACGGGAGAUGAAGAUACAGACUACACAGAUGGAGGUGCUUCAAAUGAAAAAGUUGAAACUGAUACAGAUACUGAUUUAGGGGAUAGUUCUGAGUACUCAGAUUGGGUUGCUGAUAGUGGUACCAACCUUGAACCUCCCAAAAGAACUCAACAUAGAAGAAGACGUGUAAAAAGAGAUACUACCCCUCCAUCUUCACCAUCACCUCCAUCAUCUCCUCAUGAAGGACCUAAAACCAUCUCACCUAGAAAAGUCCAAAAAGAAGUUCCAGAAAUUUACAGACCUUCAGAAUGGUUUUCUGAAGUUUUACCAAAAAAAUCUCCUUAUUGUCCUCAAAUGGGAGACAUUUGUAUGUUUUUUGAGCAAGGUUAUAAUUUAUACUUAGAAGCAGUUGAGACAAAAAAAGUGUAUAAAUUAAAAAAAACACAGUUUGUACCUUGGGGAGAUUUAGAGCUUAAAGAACCUCAAAUGGUUAAAGUAAUUGGUAUUAAGUAUGAGAUUAGACCACCACGCUUAUGUGGUUUAAGAUUAGCUGUAUUAAAAGAAAAUGGUGAACAUACUUCGUUCAGUUUUGAUCUUAAAUACCAUGAUAUGCAAGAUGUUAUUGAUUUUCUAGUUUUAAGGCAAACUUAUGAAACUGGUUUAGCUAGAAAAUGGAAAGAAGGACAACGUUUCAGAAGUAUGAUUGAUAAUGCUUGGUGGUGUGGUAAAAUUUUAGAAAAAAGUUCAUCUAAAUCACCAUUUUUAUGUUAUAAAGUUCUUUGGGAUAACGAAGAAAAUGAAAAUUUAAGUCCCUGGGAUAUGGAACCUAUAAAUCCCAAAAGAGAACCUCUUAAUGGUAUGUCUCUACCAGUAACUGCAAAAGAAAUGAAAGAUAUUUUAUAUCAACCUGAAUCUGGAAAUAAAGAAUGGCCAAGUGGUACUCGUGAUUUAAUAUGUGAUCGAAUACUCAGAGGUUUGCAUGAUCUUAUGGGUAUGUCUCUCGCAGAACCGUUUUUGGCUCCUGUCGAUAUUCAAGAAUAUCCAUCAUAUGCUUAUAUAGUAGAAUACCCUAUUGAUCUUUCAAUAAUAAAAGAAAGAUUAGAAAAUCGUUUUUAUAGACGUUUGGCUGCUGUUCAGUUUGAUGCACGUUACAUAGCUAGUAAUGCUGAGAAAUUUAAUGAAGAAGGUAGUGAUAUUGUGAGAAAUGCUCGUAUUAUUACAGAAAUAUUACUAACAAUAAUUAAAUCUAAUACACCUGUUGAAGUACCUGCUUUGUGCCGCCAAUUACAACAAAAUUUUAAAAACAGUGAAGAAGAAAAUAAAAAAAAUGGUAAUACAAAUCAAAAUCGUCCACAAAGACUUCGACCUCGUACAUUAAGAGAAAGGAGUAAACAACCAUUUGACUGGAAAGCAGAAUGUAAAAAAUUUUUACAAAUGAUUUGGUUAUCCAAAGACAGUGAACCAUUUAGGGAACCUAUUGAUUAUAAUAAAUAUCCAGACUAUGGGCGUAUUGUAAGUACUCCAAUGGAUUUAACAACAAUUAGGGAAGAAUUACGUGCAGAUAACUACAAUAACCUUGAAGAAUUCUGUGAGGAUAUUAGACGAGUAUUUGAGAAUUCUCAAGUGUAUGCCAAGGUUCAUCCUAAUAAAGAGAUAGAGAAAAUGACUCAAGGUAUGAUUGAAAUGUCUGAAGAACACAUAAAGGAAUUAUUAGCCAAAUGGAAAAAAUCCUCUAGACAUUCUAAUAAUUCAUCUUUAGCCAAUCAUUUGAGUUCUCGUCCUCAAAGAAGAUGCCGUUUAAAAAGAAGAAGAUCUUAUGACAAUAGUCCAAGUGACAAUGGUAGUGAUGAUGAUUUUAGUAUAAGAUCUAAACGACCUAGAAGGUUGAAACAAAUUAUUUUAAAAGAAGAAACAUCUGGUCACUCAACAGAAGAAGAAGAAAAUUUUGACCCUAACCAGCCUUCAACUAGUUAUGCCCAUAGUGAAAAGCGUACAUCAAGCCAGAAAAAAAAAUCUAUUGAUAUGCCAUCUACUAGCAAAACUGAAGUCAAAGAAGAAAUCCAGAUGCAGUUUGGAGAGAUUUCAAUGAAAAUAAUUGAUUUUAGUUUGCUUACUAUGUCAGAUUUAAAGUUUGAAUUAGAACAUAAAAUAGUAAAACUGAUUAAUAAUUCUGAUUAA